AUGGCGAAUUUAGCGUCUGCAAAUCGAGAAGCUCUGAUUGCACAAAGCAUCUGUGGAGCUGUGUUGAAGGGAAACUGGAGAAACAUUCUGAAACAUAAAGUCGAUUCGGGAUUAUUGACAUCAGCGAUAACCACACAGGUAAUCUCCGAUCUCUCUUCGUGUUCUGGCUAUGGCGGACCUUCUCUUUCGUGGAGUUUCUUUAGCUGGACUGAUUCGUUCCCUAGCUGUAAACAUAGCUUACAAUGUUCCUGGAAAAUGGUUCUGAUUCUCACUAAACACAAGCAUUUCAAAACCGCACACCACCUGCUCGAUAAAUUGUCUCAGAGAGAGCUUUUGUCUUCUCCUUUAGUGUUGAGAUCUUUGCUUGGUGGUGUUUCACAAGACCCAGAAGUUAUCUCUCACGUUUUCAGCUGGUUGAUCAUAUUCUAUGCUAAAUCAGGGAUGAUCAACGAUUCUAUUGAGGUUUUCGAGCAGAUUAGGCACUGCGGAUUGAAGCCUCAUUUGCAGGCUUGUACUGUUCUUCUGAAUAGUUUGGUGAAAGAGAGAUUGACUGAUACAGUUUGGAAGAUAUUCAAGAAGAUGGUUAAGUUAGGUGUUGUUGCUAACAUUCAUUUGUAUAACGUAUUGGUUCAUGCUUGUUCUAAAUCUGGUGACCAUGAGAGAGCCGAGAAACUGUUGAGCGAGAUGGAAGAGAAAGGCGUGUUUCCUGAUCUUUUCACGUAUAACACGUUGAUCUCUGCGUACUGCAGAAAGGGUAUGCAUUACGAGGCAUUAUCAGUGCAAGACAGGAUGCAGAGAAGUGGGGUUGGUCCUGAUAUCGUGACUUAUAACUCACUCAUACAUGGGUUUUGUAGAGAAGGUAGAAUGAAGGAGGCCACGAGGCUGUUUCGAGAGAUCAAAGGCGUUGUUACGGCGAAUCAUGUGACUUAUACUACUUUGAUUGAUGGGUAUUGUAGAAUGAAUGAUAUAGAUGAAGCUUUGAGGCUACGAGAGGUAAUGGAGGCGAGAGGGUUUUCUCCUGGAGUUGUGACUUAUAAUUCGAUUCUACGUAAGUUAUGUGAAGAUGGAAGGAUAAGAGAAGCGAACCGGCUUUUGACUGAGAUUAGUGGGAAAAGGAUAGAACCUGAUAAUAUCACCUGCAAUACUUUGAUCAACGCGUAUUGUAAAAAUGGAGACAUGGUAUCUGCGGUGAAGGUGAAAAAGAAGAUGAUUGAUUCGGGGCUAAAGCUGGAUAUGUAUUCGUACAGAGCAUUGAUUCACGGGUUUUGUAAAGUGCUGGAACUGGAAAAUGCAAAGGAGGAGCUAUUCUCUAUGGUGGAGAAAGGCUUACCACCAGGAUAUUCGACUUAUUCUUGGCUAGUAGAUGGAUACAAUAACCAGAACAAGCAAGACGAGAUUGUGAAACUCCCGGAGGAGUUUGAAAAACGAGGUCUUUGCCCUGAUGUUGCUCUGUACAGAGGAUUGAUUAGAAGGAUUUGUAAGUUAGAACAGGUGGAUUACGCCAAAGUGUUGUGUGAAUCAAUGGAAAAGAAAGGUUUGAUGGGAGAUAGCGUUAUAUACACAAGCAUGGCUUAUGCGUAUUGGAGAACAGGGAAGGUCACUGAAGCUUCUGCUUUGUUCGAUAUAAUGUAUAAUCGACGGUUGAUGGUAAACUUGAAACUGUAUAAAUCACUCAGUGCCUCUUACGCUGGUGAUAACGAGGUUCUGAGAUUCUUUUGGAGUCAUGUAGGUGAUAGAUGUCUUAUAUCGAAGAGUAUUUUACGGGAAAUGAACAGAAGCGAGGUCUUGUGAAGUGAGUACUCGUAUAAACUCAGUACUGAUCAUGAUCUCAAGACUGUGGAAUCGUAGGUGAGAGAGGUUAAAGGUAAUGAAAUAUUGUGUUCUCUUACUUUUUUCUUGAAGGGCCAAACUCAAAAUUUUAAUGCUUUCACGAGAGUUCGAGUUUACUCUGUUGAGCAAUGUCGUUAAUAAGACAAGGUUGGGCAAGUGUUAAAGGAUUUCAAUUGUU